CUGCUUCUAAAACGCUUCAUAUUUUGUUUGGUUUUGUUUUUUAAGAGUUCCACCCUUUCUUCUAGAAAUGACAGAGACUUUCCCUCAUCCAGCCGUGGCCUAACAGGUGCACGGCUGAGGUGUCAUCUCCCGACAAGACGCAGCCUGCUGGCCACUUGAAUCCUUUUAAAUGCUUUUGGGUUUCUUGAUGUAAACAAGUCUUCUGGAGCGCUUGGAGUAUUCUUAUAAGCUAUUACAUGGUCCAGUUACAAGCACUGUCCAGAAAAGUUUGAAAGUGGCCACACCUAGUCACCUUGCUGCAGUUCGUUUGUCAUCAGUUCGUUUGCUCUCUAAAGAAGCUUCUCCAAACUUUUAAUGAUGCAAAAGUGCAGUGAACUUGGCAGCAAUCCCGAAGCCUGGCAGCAACUCUUUCGCUUUGGCAAAAACAGACUGAAAGUAAAAAAGGGGCCAAAUGGCCAUUAUCUUGAGCCCGAGUGUCGGGACGAGCUGCAGAAGACCCUACCUGCCAAGGACUUUGAUUCACUGAUGUCCUCGGUGGCUACCUGGAUGGCACGUCUCGAUGAAAAGGAUAAAAAGGUGCGACGCCUACGUAAAACAGUGAAAGUGCCUAAAAAAUUACAAUCAGAACCGCCUGUGGAGCAACAGACGUCUGAGGAUGGCGAUAACGUGGUUGACCUGUGCAGUGACGUCGAAGAAAAGGAUGGGAUUGGCGAGAGCGAAGAUUCGCUUGACACCGAAACCGUUCUCUCGCAUUCCUCUGUCAUAGUCAUCGACGACGAUCUGGGCGAGGUUAACCUAAGGGACUUUGCGGAUCAUAUCGAAGGCAAAACAGUGAAAAAGAAUAACCAGAAGGAGCAAAACACCACACAGGACCUGAUAAAAAAGUUUCUGGGUCCGCGAGAGUCGGAUGCAUUGCGACGGUCCCUGAAAACGUAUGCAAACAAAAGAAAACCCAAGGUAAAUGGAGAAACCACAAGUGAAGCCAUGAACACAAACAAGGAUCCAAAGAUCCUGCGAGAAGUAAACCGGGAAGCAAGCCGAGAAGCUGGUCAAGUUACCAAAGCGGAUUUAGCCCCCACUAGAAUUACUCUGAUAACUUCUGGUGAUUCCCAGCAGAGAGUCCAGAUAGUUACAGAACCCACUGCCUACUACGACCUCAUAAAGAAAACUAAUGAAAGUGAAUUGGGAUCCAAAUCAGAACCUGAAGUACGUGGAAAUGCCAAGGAAAAUGAGCCCAAGAAAGGAUACAACUCAAAGCAGGCAGCUGGAGGACAGACCAAAGAAGGAGCCCUUCCAGAAGACUCCUCGAGAAAUCAAAGAGUGGGGCAGGAUAAUCGCGUUCCCCAGAUACGCAUACGCACUGACCUUGGUGCUGAUCAAAGGGAUGUUAUUCGCGUUCGCACCGAUCUGUUGCUUGAGCAGUCGCCACAAGAAUCUCAAUAUUCUUUGAGUAACCAAACUCCAUCCGCAGAAACCUUAGUGCCUGAAAGAUCAGCUAAAAAGCGAACGUUGCCGGAGGCUCAGAGUUCACAGCAUCCGCCUAAAAGACCCACCCUGCAAUCCCAGUAUCCUCAGUAUGGACCAGAUGCAGCCCCCUCCACCUCCUCCUCCUGUCAGCUCAGUAUUUCUAUUAGCCCCGGAUAUCCAUCAAGUACCUCAAACUAUCAGGGGAAUCCUGCACCAGUCCCAGUCCCACUUCCCCCAGUGAAUCCCACGCCAGCUAGAGCUCCUCUAGUUAAUCCCGCUCCUGCACCACCAGUUGUCACCGUUAAAUACAGACUUAUUGCUCCUGCGUCAGUUACCAGCACCUCCGCCACCAGCAGCUAUCCACGAAAUGUCUCUAACAGCUGCCAGGCAAACCUCCCCUCCCUUCCUACUUCUGUGAGUUCUGCAUCGGCCAGCUCUUCCGGAUAUCCGUCGUCUGGCAGCCAUAUGUGUCCCGUAACCAGUACUUCCAGCCAUCAACCAAAUAACCCUGCGAAUCCGGCUCCGGUUGCCAAUCCUAUGACGUCGCCCGUUAUACCAAUGAUAACCAACUAUCCACCAAGCUAUCAAUACCAACCUUCAGUGCCGUUGCCUGCUGCACCAGUCGGUACAUCAAUGUAUCCACCAGGUGCUCCAGCUGCUCCACUUCCGCCCUUAAGUUAUCCCCAAGCUCAGCCACUUGUCGCACCAGCUCCAGCCACUGCGAUGGCUUCUAAUGGUACAAUCAAUCUGGACAACAUUAUGAACAUGCUCAGCCAAGUGGAGCUCUUUGCCUUCAAGCAAGCGAAUCAGGAGGCCUAUGCUCUCGCUGGAAAGUUGCGGGACAGCCUCCUGAGGGGAGUGCCUUUCGGGCAACGUCGAUAGAUUUGCUUUGAUUUUGUAUUUAAAAUAUAUUCUAGGUGUUAAUUUUGAAUACAUAUUCUAAAGAUUGGUUAUUUACCUUCAAUAAAAAAUGAAUAUUAUUUAGUAUUACAGAAUUAUUUUAAGUGUAUGCCCAAAAGCAAUAAAAUAAAU